AUGCAAAAAAAUAAAAAAAUAAAAGUCACAAGCAGCUCACUCCAUGACAUCCGCCCGUCGAUAGCGUCGGUGACCAUAUCAGAGGCGCCGGCUAUGGGGACAUGCUCCGGAGGUACGACCUCACCGUCAACCACUGCAAGCAGGUGCCGCAAGCGACGAUUUUCUACCUCUCCGGCGGCCGCAAGUGACGGCUUUCUGCUUCUCCGGCGCCCGCAAGCCGGCGCCGCUCCAGCUCCAAAACCAGUGCCGCAGGUCCGUCGCGGAGAUCAGCUGAGUCGUCCAACUCCCCUCUCACUCGCUGACAUCCGCCCGUCGAUAGCGUCGGCGACCAUAUCAGAGGCGCCGACUAUGGGGAACAUGCUCCGGAAGUACGACCUCAGUGUCAACCACUGCAAGCAGGUGCCGCAAGCGAUGAUUUUCUACCGCUCCGGCGGCCGCAAGUGA